AUGGAGAGGUCCGGAGUUGGAACAGGAGGAGCAGGAGGAGAACCCAACACCAACACCAAAGGCAGCAACUUCCAGUUCCCGCCGGGCUUCCGGUUCCACCCUUCCGACGAGGAGCUCAUCGUCUUCUACCUCCAGAACAAGGUCACCUCCCGCCCCUUACCCGCCGCCAUCAUCGCCGAGGUCGAUCUCUACAAGUACAACCCCUGGGAGCUUCCAACGAAGGCGCUGUUCGGGGAGGAGGAGUGGUACUUCUUCAGCCCGAGGGAUCGGAAGUAUCCGAACGGGGCGAGGCCGAACAGGGCGGCCGGGUCGGGUUUCUGGAAGGCGACGGGCACGGACAAGCCGAUACUGUCGACGUCCGGGUCGAAGAGCAUCGGGGUGAAGAAGGCGUUGGUGUUCUAUUCGGGCAGGCCGCCAAAGGGAGUGAAGACCGAUUGGAUCAUGAAUGAGUACAGGUUGCUGGAUCCCACCAUUAAGCCUUCUAGGAUGAAAGGCUCCAUGAGGCUGGACGACUGGGUGCUGUGUCGAGUUCGACAGAAGGGUGCCAUUACCAAGAACCCAUUCGACCUCCAACUCGCCGGAGGCAGCCCUGUGAAGGAAACAGUCCGGUUCCUGCCAAUGUCGUCGUCGUCGGAACAGGACCUCAACCCGCGCCCUUCUCCUCCGCCGUCUUACAUGAACUGCGACAACGACAUGAUUCGAGACUGUCUCAACCAGGACUGCCGCGUCCUGGCCUCCCUCCUCGUCGGCCAGACCUUGCCCUCCAUCGACGCUACAACUGCGAAUAAUAACGCUCGUAGUACCAAUCCCACCAGUAACAACAACAACAACAACACCACUGACUUCAUCGGGGCAAGCUCUCCGAUAACAGUAGUCUCUUCCUACGACAACUACACCACCAGCCCCGGGAUGAAGAGGAAGCUUAGCGACGAUGGGGAGACGUUGAUCAACGACUUCCUUUCCUCGCCAGCGCUCAAGAAGUCGAACAACAACAACGAUGGAAACCAGCAGUCUCAUGAUCAGGAAGAUGGCAGUGGUGGAUUCUACAGCGAGGACGCGAUGGACCCCAUGAUCGGGUUCCUGGAGCUGAACGAAUUCGGCUUCUCUGGUAAGUAUGAUCUGGAGUGA